AUGUCAAGCCCUAGGAACAAUCCCCAAAGGCUGGAUGGUGCUGCUGCUCAAGAAAUUGAAGGGUCUGAAGGAAAAUCUGUUGUUAUGUAUAAAGUUGGCGAAUGUUUACAAGAUCUGUUAAAAGCAUGGAAGGAAUUUGUAUCCUCCCAAGCUAAUAAAUCUUCGGAAAGCUUUGAGAAUGGUGUUACUCUAGAAAUGCGGAUACCAGCUGAGCAUGUCACAGCAACAAAUCGCCAGGUUAGAGGUAACCGGCUAUGGGGGACUGACAUAUACACCGAUGAUUCUGAUAUUGUUGCUGUCCUUAUGCACUUGGGCUACUGUCGCACAACUGCUUCUCCUCCCCCAUCUGCUUUGCAGGAGUUACGAGCUGUGAUCCGACUCUUACCUCCUCAAAAAUGCUACUUGUCUUCACUGAGGAACGAUAUUCGUUCACGUGCCUGGGGAGCUCCUACUGAAUGCAGUUACCGAGUUGAGAGCUGUUGCAUCAUUAAGAGAGGAGGUGGAACCAUUAAUCUUGAUCCAUGUACCUCCCCUAUUGAGCCUACACUCGCGCCAAUGGUUGUGGAGAAGACAAUGACUACAAGAGCUGCAGCUGCGAAUGCAUCAAAGCAGCAAAGAUUUGCACAGGAAGUUAUGAUACAAUUCAACCUCUGUAAUGAGCCUUGGAUCAUGUACAGUAUCAACGCUGUUGCUGAUAGAGGUCUGGAAAAGCCCCUCUUUACAUCAGCCCGCUUGAAAAUGGGAGAAGUUCUGUAUUUGGAAAAUCAUGCUUGCAGAUAUGAGCUCUGCUUUGUUAAGGAAAAGGUGGUCAAGAGAGAAACAAAAGAUCCUGCAAAUAUAGCUGAGUCUGAGAGCAUUGAUCUCUUUCGAUGGUCUCGUUGUAAGAAGCCCCUUCCCCAGGAGUUGAUGCUUUCUCUAGGAAUCCCCCUCCCUCUUGAAAAUGUGGAGGUGUUGGAGGAUAAUCUUGAAUGGGAAGACAUCAACUGGUCGCCGUCAGGAGUUUGGAUAGCUGGAAAAGAGUAUCCGCUUAAUCGGGUGCAUUUUCUAGCUCCAAAGAAGUGAGGUUUUCCACCAGCUUCUCCAAACUAAUGAGUUUGGAUUAUCAUGUGUUCUCGACUAUAGUUGGUAAUCAUGAAUAAUGUAGGAAGUGUUCGACCAUAUUGUACCUAGAUAUUGUAUCUAGAUGAGCAUGUGGUCACAACGUUGGUUACUACUUUUGAUAAAGUGUUGUACCUGAAUUGUUUUUGCAAUGCUGAAGU